UUAUUUAAAAAGCACUAUACUUUAUUCUUGUAACUUCAGCUCUCUCUUUCCAGAAGUCGAUUGCAGAGACAACAAUCACUGCAACACAUAGAGUAACAAAGAUAGAUAGAGAUAGAGAUAGAGAUAGAGAUAGAGACAGAAAAAGAAAGAGAAACAACAGACAGAGAGAGAAGAAUUUUGUUCAUUUGUUAAGGAUGCUUUGGUUUUGAAAUCCCACAGAAGCGAUAACGAUAUCUUAGAGCUGCCUUUGCAAUCUUUAUUUGCGACCGGCAACUCCAUGAGAGUGAGCAGCCAUUUACAUCAAAAGAAGGAGGUGGGUUAAUUUACCGCGAUGUUGGAGGAGAAAGAGAUGAUUAGAUGAGAUGGUCACACCCUUCAACAAAUUUAAGGCCGCUCAUAAUCCAAUUCAGCUCCCAGAAAAGUCCAAUUCUUUGGAUAAUUCUAUGUCUCAAGAUUAUCACCACCAAGGUCUUUUUAGUUUCUCGAGCCUAGUUGAGAGACCUCAAAACGAACAACAACAACUACACAUCGCUCACCAGAUCCGACAAGAAAAAUUAAGAGUAGACGGGUUCAAUCCGCCACCGCCCUUGGUGGCUAUUGAAGAAGAGCAAUCAAGUGGACUUCAAGUUUAUGGGACCGCUGGAAUGUUGUCUGAAAUGUUCAAUUUCCCUCCUGGAAUAACCACAGCUGCGGCAACUGAGUUGCUUCAAAACCAGCUAAGUCAAUGUUAUAGACACCCGAACCAACGGCCACAGCAGCAGCAACCUCCGACAACCAACCUAGGAAGUGAGUGGUUCAGUAACCGACAAGGGAUGGUAGUUGGUGGAAGUUUGCAAGUACCCAGUGAAUCACUUGAUAAUUCGAAGGUAUUGAAUGGCCGUGAUAGUAUAACUGCUCAUUAUCAGCGUCAGCACAAUCACAUAUCAAGUAUAAAUGUGGUGGAGUCAGCAUCAGCCAUGAAUCUUUUCACUAUAAAUCCACAGCCAAGGUCACCCUCACCAUCUUCUGCACAUCCUACUACAACUCUUCAAGGGGUUCCGAAUGCAAUCGGAGGGCAUUUCGGUCAAUUCAUAUGCGGAGGAGCAAGUAACACUGGGAACCACUUUAAUACCCCUAAUGAUAUUGGAGGGGUAAAUGUAAUUGAAGGGCAAGGUCUUUCAUUGUCCUUGUCAUCUUCUUUACAGCAUUUGGAAGCAGCCAAAGUAGAGGAUCAAUUAAGAAUGAGUGGGGGAGAAAUGUUGUUUUUCAAUCAAGGAGAAAGUCAAAAUCAUCAUCGUCAAAUUCAUGUUGGUUUUGGAUCUUCACUAGGACCAGUGAAUGUAUUGAGAAAUUCCAAGUAUGCCAAAGCUGCACAAGAGUUGUUGGAAGAGUUUUGUAGUGUUGGGAGGAGUCAAUUAUUCAAGAAGAACAAAGUUUCCAGGAAUAACAACACAACAACAAGCUCUAACCCUAAUUUUAAUAACCCUAGUGGCAGUAAUAAUAAUAAUAAUAAUUCUUCAAAGGAUCUCUCUCCUUUGUCAGCUGCAGAUAGGAUUGAGCAUCAGAGAAGGAAGGUCAAACUUUUAUCCAUGUUUGAUGAGGUGGACAAAAGAUACAACCACUAUUGCGAACAAAUGCAGACGGUAGUAAAUUCAUUUGAUCUAGUGAUGGGUUUUGGAGCAGCAGCUCCAUACACAGCACUUGCACAGAAAGCCAUGUCUCGGCAUUUCAAGUGUCUAAAAGAUGCGAUAGCAGCGCAAUUGAAGCACAGCUGUGAGUUGCUGGGUGAAAAAGACGCCACCACUUCGGGAUUAACUAAAGGAGAAACUCCGAGGCUUAAGCUGCUCGAAAAAAGCUUAAGGCAGCAGCAAAGGGCGUUUCACCAAAUGGGAAUGAUGGAUGCAGAAGCUUGGAGACCACAAAGGGGAUUGCCUGAACGCUCUGUCACCAUUUUAAGAGCUUGGCUUUUUGAGCAUUUCCUCCAUCCGUACGUUGUUCUUUCUCACUUUAAUUACGGUCGUUUCCGGAUAAAAAUAUGAGAUUAUUUUAUUUUUAAGUAUAAGUAUGGUUGAACUUUAAUUUUGACUCGGAUAUAAAUAACUAGUACUCCUAGUUUGCAUAUAAAAUCACAAAAAAAAAUCGGCAUUUAAUGCAGAAGGAAAAGUUAAUGACGAAAGUUGUCCAGAUCGCAUUAUCAUGGCAUUUUGAACAGACAAAAUGAAUUUUCGUGCAAUCAACUUUUAUUAGUAUAAAACGCAUUUCCAACAAUUAUAGAUUUUCUUUUUUCCACUCUUUUUUCCACUCUUUGCAGUCAGUGUUUAAAGGCACUGCUGUAAUUCAGUCCUUUUUUAUCAGUUAAAAGAAUAAAAAUUUACCUCUACUUUUUUGUGCACCACUUUUACCCCUUGCAAUCCAAUACACUUAUAGUGUUUCUCGCUGACUUAGGCAUGCAUAUGAACAUGAAAAAGAAAGUGACAUAUGACAAUGUUUCAAUUUAAAAAGAAAAAGAUUUUGUUGCAUAAAAUAUAUAUGUACUACGUACAUAUAGUAGACCAAAUUAUCUAGAUCUUCUCUGAAGUCAUUAUAAUUAAACCAGAGUUUUAAAACGGAAGAGUAGAGAUGUCAAAUUUUUAAAAUGAAUUAUUAGUAAAAUGGAAAGAAUAUUUAUAAUAGAACGAAACGAAGAAAGUAAUGUUAAUUAAGCGUACAUGCAUGCAUGGUAAUAACAAUUAUGAUAAAAGUAAGAGCAUCUAUCUAAAUAUCUAUGUAAUGAAUGAAGAGUCCGGAACCAAAAUGUGGUUUUUUUUACUCAAAAUACGUAAAUAAGUGUUAAAAAAAAAGUUACCAA